AAACAAACCCCCCCUCUCUUUCUCUCUCCGUUUCUCUCUCUUAACACUCCCCUUGUUCCUCCCUAGUGAGAGAGAGAGAGCCGCUAACAGUACUUUUAGAAAAUUUUACUUUUUAAUUUUCUCCCUAUCCAAACAGCAAAUUUCAAUUCCAAAGAAAUAGAAAGCAAAAAAAGAAAGAGAGAGAAAAUGUCUCACGCUGUGUUUCAAACGGCCCAAAUUAUGUCCAUAGAGACCUUAUCGUCGAAGACCAAGGUCGGUCCCUUUUCUCCGGUUGCGCAUCCGGUGGCCGGUAAGAUAGCACGGAGGGGACUGGUGGUCAAGGCCUCUGCUUCGUCUUCUUCGGCCUUCGUGGAAGGGGACUCCGUUGGUCUGUUGGAGCGGUGCUUUGUGGCGUCUUCGAAGGUGAUGGCUAGUCCGGUUAUGAAGGGACAGUACGGUUCGCUGGGUUCGGUUACGUUGGAGAAGGGCAAGCUCGAUUUGUCUCAGAAGCAAUCCCAGUCUAGUCCCGAGACUGCAAUUGGUGGAGGCGGUGGAGAUAUUGGGAAAAAAAUAAAUCAUGGUGGUGGCGAUGGUGGUGAUGAUGAUGGUGAUGAUGAUGACUACUUUGAUGACUUCGACGAUGGCGAUGAAGGAGAUGAGGGAGGUCUAUUUAGGAGACGAAGACUUCUUGAGGAGCUUUUUGAUCGUAAAUUUGUAGAUGCUGUUUUGAAUGAGUGGCAGAGGACAAUGAUAGAUUUGCCUGCUGGAUUUCGACAAGCUUAUGAAAUGGGUUUGGUUAGCUCUGCUCAAAUGGUAAAAUUCCUAGCAAUCAAUGCCAGGCCAACUACAACUAGAGUUAUUUCUCGAGCACUUCCUGAAGGAAUAUCAAGGGCAUUUAUUGGCAGGAUGAUUGCUGACCCCGCCUUCUUAUAUAAGCUUCUUUUGGAGCAGGCUGCUACAAUUGGUUGCUCAGUGUGGUGGGAGUUUAAGAAUCGUAAAGAUAGGAUAAAACAAGAAUGGGAUCUGGCAUUCCUUAAUGUGCUCACAGUAGCAACCUGCAAUGCCAUUGUUGUUUGGUCACUUGCUCCUUGUCGUUCAUAUGGUAACACAUUCCAAUUUGAUUUGCAAAAUACAUUACAGAAGCUGCCAAACAACAUAUUUGAAAGGAGUUACCCAUUUCGGGAAUUUGAUUUGCAAAAGAGAAUCCACUCGUUUUUCUACAAGGCUGCAGAGUUUUCUAUAGUUGGAUUAAGUACUGGAGCAGUACAAGGUGCACUAUCAAACCUUUUGGCCAGUAAAAAGGAGGGAAGGUUAUCUGUUACAAUUCCAACCGUGAGUACUAGUGCACUUGGUUAUGGUGCAUUUCUCGGUCUUUAUGCAAAUCUCAGAUAUCAGCUGUUAUGUGGAUUUGAUAGAGCAAUAAGCAACCAUUUUGAUGUCAUUGGAGUGGCACUGUUUUUUGGCACAGCUUUGAGGAUUUUGAACGUUCAAUUAGGAGAGAGAUCAAGGCUGGCUUGGCUGGGGGUAGAGGCAGAUCCACUGGCUCAUUCAGAUAGUCUCUUGAAGGUUUACAACAGGCCUUCAGAGGAUGCCGAUAGGCCAUCUUCAAAAUGGUUUAUAUCAAAGAAUGCCAUUGUUUCUGGACUUGGGCUCCUUGGCAUCAAACAGGGGAAUGCUGACACUGUUGCUGAUGGCGAGCCACCGGCUCCUAAAGCUCGGAGAAAGAGGAUUGUCCGGAAGAAGGUGACAAGAAGUUGAGCAUAUAUAGUUUUUCUUAUGUAAAAUCACGAUCACUGUCCAAUUUUGCCAUUUGACAAAGACGUGGCUAGCUAGCUUGCUCAUCAAAUUUGAGAAAGUAAGAGCUACUUGGAGUGGGAGGUAGUGUUCCACAAUGAUCAUUCAUGACCGAUAGAGUGUUGGGCAGCUGGGAAUUAAAGAUUGAACUCGAUUACUAUAACGAGAAUAAAUUUUUUCAGGGAGGAUUUCUUUAUUUUAUUUUUUAUUUUUUAUUUUUCUCUUGAAUGAACCAUUGUAUUUUAUUAAAUGAGCAUAUUGUAUAACAGCGCUAUAUGACGAUUUGAAAAGGUUCAAUAUCU